UCCUGAGCGUCCGCGUGCAGCACUACGUUGCCAUGAUGCGCAGUGUUAUUUUGCUCCGUGUCCUGUUGUGGAAUACAAACCGCCGUUUUUGAGUCUUGUUUUUUUUUUUAUGUAAAUAAUUUUUAAGGUUAAUUAAAUACCAUGAUGCCGGGGGAGAACCAGUCCGGGGCUGGAGAAGUCGGAUCAGAAGCGACUAUUGGCACUUGUCAAAACUGCACUGUUUUAAAUCAGAGCCUGGAUGAGUAUGUGACCGCUUUACUGACGCUGAAACAGAAGAUCAUAGACACAGACCUCCUGCUGAGCGAGUAUAAAGAGAAGUGUGAUGAGCUUCAGAAAUCUCAAAGAGAGAGCACUAAGCUACACAAAGAGCUAGACGAGGUGUUGCUAAAACUUGGCCCGUUAGAAAAGCAGACAGCGGAGUACGAGGCAGUCAGAGCUGAGCUACAGGAAACCACAGCUGCCUUGAAAGUGUAUCAGGUGAAAUCUGAGGAAGUGGAUGGUUUGAGAGAAGAGAACCUCAAGGCACUUGCUAUGAACGCAAAGCUUGAAGAAAGUUUAAAGGAAGCGAAAGAUGCAGCAAACACACAGAGGCUAGAAAAUUCUAAGCUGACAGCUGAGAAGAAAUUGCUAGAAAGCGACCUGCAGAAGACUCAGGAGUCUCUCAGGCUGAGUCAAAAGGACGUGGAAGAGGCGGAGGGUCUGAAGCUGCAGAAUGCCAAAUCACUCAUUCUAAAAAGCAAUCUUGAAAAUCAACUUCUGGCACUUGAAGACAUAAACCUUAAGCAGAAUCAUACAAUCCAAGAAUUGAAGAACAAAAACAAUAAUCUUGAAAAAAGCAACAGAUUAAUCGAGGAAAAAUAUGCAACAAUGGAAAAAGAGUUUAACAAAGAGAAAAGCUGUGCAUCUACACAAACUGAGAAUGAGUCCAAAGUUGACAAAGCUAAAAUCUGGACCCUCCUACAGGAAGUCUGGCACUGUGUGGACCCUCUGUCCAAAACGGCAGAAACUUUGGGCUCAAACGACAAUCACCGCUCAACGUUCCGACCUCCGAGAUCUCCUUGUCCACUGCCUGUCAGUCCAUUUAGAAAGCAGAUGCCUCAGUCACCGGUCUCAUCUCCAAAAGGAGCUAAAGUGUCUCCAGAGACGAGUAAAUCUGUAUCUUUGUUAAUGACACCAAGCAGUCCAACUACAGACCAGAAGACAAGGAGAAUGGGCAGGAAGAAGAAAAGAAGCUCGGAGUCUACGGAUCUAAACGAAAGCUGCACAAAUACAGAUGAAGCCAGCGAUUCAUCACUUAAUAAAGAUGGUCCUGUUGAUUGGGUAUUAAAAGAAGAAAGCUGCAGGAAAACCCCAGACAUCUGGGAAAUUCUCAGCCUCUCUCAUCCUUUGCCCGCGCCUAUAUCUCCACUGCCUCCUGAUGAGUUGGACGAGAUGGAGGUCGAAGCAAGUCUCAGAGAGUGUUCAGAUUCAAAGGCUGAAGAUGGGCAAAAACCACAGUCUACAGAACCGAAACCUUUAGACGACAGUGUAGCAGUUUUUUCCCCUGUUUUCUCUGAUACAGAUAACAAAAACCUUCGAAAAGUUUCGACAGAGAGCCAAGAAACGCAAGUAGAAAAUAUGUGCAAAAUAAUGGAAAACACAGAAGAUUCACCUUGCACAGUUGCAACAGCAAGCGUACCGAAUGAAUCAGAUGGGGAAUGUGUUGGCUUCAACCCAGUCACGGUAAUCAGCACCAAUGAGGAGCGUACAGAUCAAAUAAACAGAAAAUCAUUAUGUAACGGCAGCCAUGAAGUACUUAAGGAUACAAAUUCUAAGGAUGCAGUCAGACAAAGUUUAGAACCCGUACAGCAGGUUACACUCCCUGAGGAGUCCCCAGAGAAAGACGACAAAUCGGUCCAGAAUCACUCUGAAGUUAAUUCAUGUGUGCCUGGAUCAUCUUCUCCACAAACAUGUUCUAAGACAGAGCCAGAAAAAACGGAAGAGGAAAUCCAGAGUGUCUUGACUCUACAGACUAAUGCAGGUUUAAAUUCGGUUGGAGAUCACAACAGCUCUGGUGGACAACACAGUGAAUCAUCUUAUACCAUACUUAAUGAUGCCACUUCUGGAGAUUCCUCAGAUGAGGAGGAGUUUCUAGGUCUGAAAAGAAAAGUCAAAGGGAACUGUUUGCGAGCAGGGGAUUUGGACGGUGUUAAUUCAAAGAACCCAGUAUUUAAUGAAACCCAGGAAUGUGUUGAUCAUGUUCAGGGAACACACGGUGAAGCGAAAGAAGAGCAUCAUCAGCUAGAAAAGGAAAAGGACGAUGGCCAUGUGAGUGAUGGCAGCAUUACUGUGAAUGUGUGCAAACCUGCAAUUCUUGAAGACGUAGAUGUUCUGCAAGAGACAGGACUAGCAAAGAUGGAUCAAGAUGAAUCUGAGAACUGUUUGAAUAACUCUUUACCAGAUCUUGAUGCACACAGUCAGGAAGAAAAUGGUGUACUAUCUCGAUCUUUUAGCCCCAAGACUGAAAAUAUGAAUGGUUGCCUGAAAGAGGAUGGUGCCAAACCAAAAGACUCACCUAAUACAUCUGAAGUUAUUUGUCCUGCAUCUUCGAUAAAUACGCUUACACCAUCAGUUUUGGAUAAUAUUGUGAAUCUACCUCUCACAAAAGUCGCUUCCAGAAAUGCACUUACCUCACCUCUGUCUACAGAAUCAAUUAGAAAGGUUCUCACAGAGAUGGGUCCUCCACUACCUCCAGUUGUUUUACCAUUGACUGCAACUCCACCAAAAUUUAAGAGGCACCUUAUUCAAAAUCGGCCCAGCAUCCAGUUGCCUACCUGGUCAUCAACAGAAGGGCCAUUUUCCUUCAACCACCAGUCAAAAGCACCUUCUCCUGACCCUGGCCUUCAAGAAGAAGUAAAGACGCCACUAUCUACGACCACCCCUUCACCAUCACGUGGCGUUCCCUCUUCCCCUCUGCAGUUUGGAUCAGCAACUCCCAAGCAUGCGCUUCCUGUUCCAGGAAGGCUACCUUCAUCUGCAUUAAACUCCUCAUCCCCGUCUGCCUCACAGGAGAACUCCAUGCAGAUGCUGGAUACCAUGUAUCCGGAGCUUUCAGCCCAAGCCAGGACUCUAAAUAUUUUGCGCGGGAAUGUCAACCUCGGGAGGGCUGCGAAUGAGAGAGGGGUUUCCCCACCUCCCAUCAAUCCAAUCUCAGGGAAUAAAACGAUCAACACGUCAUCCACAGCUUUCACAAAGACAGACCAAAAGGCGAAAAGAUUCGGAGCGAACGUGUUACUACCGAAAAGCGCCAAAAGGCUUCGCCUUGAUACUUGUUCACCUGAUCCUGUAAGUCUUCCCCUUAGUGGGGGAGCUAAUGAUGACAAGCCAAGUAAUGGUGUAGCAUCACCAAAAUACUCUCCAGUAAAUGGUCAGUCAAGCAGCAGUCAAACGGCAGAAAAAGAAAGAAAUGCCGUGGGCGAUGCAAAUGAUACACAGUCCCUCAUCUUCAGUGUGUUUGAAAAACUUGAAAAUUCGUGCUUUGAUGUGUUGCCUGUAAUCAAGAGUCACGUGUUUCUUGGAAGGAUCUCCGACAUCCCUGUCCUAAGAGAUGAAGAAAAAUGUGUUAUUGCUGAUUUUUGCUCAAACCAGUCUUUAGCAGAGGAGCUUAUGUUGGCUGUCUUGUCCAAGAUCAAAGAGGAGGGACUUGGUAUGAAACAUGAACUCCUGCAGUCCUACUGUAGGGUGUAUGUAGGCUUGUGUCGUUGGAGAGGAGACUGUCAGAAGGCACAUGCCCUUGCCUACAGCCUUUUAAAAGAAGACUUUCCUGAAGCCCCAAAGCUUAUUUUAUUCAUGGUGACAACAUGGCCGACCGUUCUAUCCCACGACAGCUCUUUAUGCCGAGCCAUUCACAUUGUGACCAAGCUCAAAGCAGAAGGAGAGACAUUAGACUACCUCAGCAAAUAUCUGCACUGGGACGAGAUGCCUCCAGGUGACAUUCACAAAGUGAUCACCAGCAUACUAAAGGCUCUUCUCGAAGACAGCACUUUGAUGUUCCAGAAGCAUGAUCGCCAUGGUGAUGACCUCUGUCCUGCUUCCUGGGAAUACAUCGUUAGUCUGGAUCUCCUGUGUGCACAUCUGGGCUGGAAAUGGACUCAUGACAAUAUCAUAGGAAAAGAGCUUUGGCCUGUUAUGAAUGCCUGGGUGACACAACCGAGGUCUGAGCAAACACCAGUCCGAGACGUUUGUGUAGCAGCAGUUUUGAGGCUGAUUGGACGACUUGGUCAACUGGGCCUUAAGGAGAAACUGUGCAUGUCAGUCCAAAAUGUUGCAAAAGCCAUAAACCUGUUUGGGAAACAUGGAAUAUCAGAAGGUGUGCCAUGGGAGGUGCAGCUUUCUGCAGUCUACACCAUUUACGAUCUGGCACCCAGCAACCCCAAAGAAGCCCUGGAGGCUUUGGCAUCAUGGCGGGGAGAAAUCAGAGAGUCGGUUCCCCCGGCAGUCACCAGCUGCCUCACACAGAUUGGCUCCCUCUGUCGUCAGCUGAAGCAAUGAAAUUAAAACCUGUACAGCAUUACCUGUCUCUUUAUUUGCACAGUCUUUACUUUCGUCUUUAUUAAUGUGGAAAAUCUGUCUGUUGUUGAUUUCAUUUUCCAGAUUGUUUACGGUGCUCAUUGUCCAUUUGUAAAUUCUUGUACAUUUUGUAUGUAGAUUUAUUGUUAAAUGUUACAUUAAAACUUGGUUUGUCUACACAAGGAAAGAAA